CGCGGGGGCAGGGCUUUGCGGACGCACGCACGUCGAGCGCAGCUGUCCCGAGCCGCGGAGGCUGCGGGCUUGGUCUGGGGCGGCUGCUUUGGCUGCGGCCCGGCCCGCGGCUGAAGGUUGGAGAGAAAUCCAUACACUCCAUUGACUGGCACUUUCUGCCACCAUGGGGGAGCUUUUCCGGAGUGAGGAGAUGACGCUGGCCCAGCUUUUUCUACAAUCAGAAGCUGCUUAUUGUUGCGUCAGUGAAUUAGGAGAACUGGGAAAGGUUCAAUUUCGUGAUUUAAAUCCAGAUGUGAAUGUUUUCCAGCGGAAAUUUGUGAAUGAAGUUAGAAGAUGUGAAGAAAUGGAUCGAAAGCUUCGAUUUGUUGAGAAAGAAAUAAGAAAAGCUAAUAUCCCAAUUAUGGACACUGGUGAAAACCCAGAGGUGCCCUUCCCCCGGGACAUGAUUGACUUAGAGGCCAAUUUUGAAAAGAUUGAAAAUGAACUGAAGGAAAUCAACACAAACCAGGAAGCUCUGAAGAGAAACUUCCUGGAACUGACUGAAUUAAAAUUUAUACUUCGCAAAACUCAGCAGUUUUUCGAUGAGGCUGAAUUGCAUCAUCAGCAGAUGGCGGAUCCAGACUUGUUGGAAGAGUCCUCGUCCCUCUUGGAGCCGAGUGAGAUGGGAAGGGGCACACCGUUAAGACUUGGCUUCGUGGCUGGUGUGAUUAACCGGGAGCGCAUCCCUACUUUUGAGCGCAUGCUUUGGCGGGUGUGCCGGGGGAAUGUGUUCCUGCGACAGGCUGAAAUCGAGAACCCCCUGGAGGAUCCUGUGACUGGUGACUACGUGCACAAAUCUGUAUUCAUCAUUUUCUUCCAAGGCGAUCAGCUGAAAAACAGAGUCAAGAAAAUCUGUGAAGGGUUCCGGGCCUCACUCUAUCCCUGUCCUGAGACACCACAGGAGAGGAAGGAAAUGGCUUCUGGAGUUAAUACCAGGAUUGACGAUCUCCAAAUGGUUCUGAAUCAAACAGAGGACCACCGCCAGAGGGUUCUGCAGGCGGCUGCUAAGAACAUCCGUGUCUGGUUCAUCAAGGUGCGGAAGAUGAAGGCCAUCUACCACACCCUGAAUCUGUGCAACAUAGACGUGACCCAGAAGUGCCUGAUCGCCGAGGUCUGGUGCCCCGUCACCGACCUCGACUCCAUCCAGUUUGCACUCAGAAGGGGCACGGAACACAGUGGCUCCACUGUGCCCUCUAUCUUGAACAGGAUGCAAACAAAUCAGACUCCCCCAACCUAUAACAAAACGAACAAGUUCACAUACGGCUUUCAGAACAUAGUAGAUGCUUACGGAAUCGGGACUUACAGAGAGAUAAACCCAGCUCCAUAUACCAUCAUCACUUUCCCUUUCCUGUUUGCUGUGAUGUUUGGGGACUUUGGCCAUGGCAUUUUGAUGACCCUCUUUGCUGUAUGGAUGGUGUUAAGGGAGAGCCGGCUUCUCUCCCAGAAGAACGAGAAUGAGAUGUUUAGCACAGUGUUCAGUGGCCGGUACAUUAUUCUACUGAUGGGUGUGUUUUCCAUCUACACUGGCCUCAUCUACAAUGAUUGCUUUUCCAAGUCUCUUAAUAUCUUCGGGUCCUCCUGGAGCGUACGGCCAAUGUUCUCUUUGUAUAAUUGGACGGAUGAGACACUUCGGGGGAACCCUGUUCUACAGUUGAAUCCAGCUGUUCCUGGAGUUUUUGGUGGACCAUACCCUUUUGGCAUUGAUCCAAUCUGGAACAUUGCUACCAAUAAACUGACCUUUCUCAACUCCUUUAAAAUGAAGAUGUCUGUUAUCCUUGGCAUCAUUCACAUGAUGUUUGGAGUCAGCCUGAGCCUCUUCAACCAUACCUAUUUCAAGAAACCCCUGAAUAUCUACUUUGGAUUUAUUCCUGAAAUAAUCUUCAUGACCUCUUUGUUUGGCUACUUGGUUAUCCUUAUAUUUUACAAGUGGACAGCCUAUGAUGCUCAUACAUCUGAGAAGGCGCCAAGCCUUCUGAUUCAUUUCAUAAACAUGUUUCUCUUUUCCUACGGUGACUCUAGUAAUGCGAUGCUUUAUUCUGGACAGAAAGGAAUUCAGUGUUUCCUGGUAGUGGUCGCGCUACUGUGUGUACCUUGGAUGCUACUAUUUAAACCACUGGUCCUUCGCCAUCAAUAUUUGAGGAGGAAGCAUUUGACUCAGAAGCCCUCAUGUCCUCAGUUGUUCCAUUGAGACCUCCACUCCGCCAUGUGUCUCGUGUGUCUUCUGCAUCUGGUACAAUAACCAAAGUCAUCUGUUUCGACUUUCCUUCUUCAAAUACUAACUCAUGAUUCAGCAACAGCACUUUGAAUGUUAAGUAUUUCAAUAUUUUUCCUGAAAAACAUCUCUUAACCAAACUGUUUUAAUGUGCUAGUAUCAACUUAGCCCGGUGUAUUCUAGGUAAUCAGUAAGAUUUAAAAAAUCUCACCAGCAGUAAUCACACAUGUACUCUUGUGAUCUAGUGGCAUCAUACUCCUUUAUAAGAAAGUGAAAUAUUUAGAUGGAUAGCUCUUUCCUUCAUUAGGUGUUUCUGAUCAUUUUAAACCUAGAAAACUGCUGUGAUCCUUCUAGAACUAAUCUAAAAGGGCUGAUAUUUUGGAUCAGAAGAUAGUUUAAUGUUACUGUUUAAAAUUAUUUUCAAACAGGGAUUUACUCUCUCCUUUGAGAAAUGUUUUAAGUCCACAAACCACAUACUAUCCAUUUAUUGACAUUCUUUUCACGUGCCCUUCUUUCUGUUAGUCUUAGCAUAUUUAGGAUGUGCUUCUGAUGCAUCCGUUUUGGUGCUUUUAACUCUGUUACCCUCUUCUACGAUAUUGUCCAAGUGAAACGUCCCCCGUCUGGAAACCUGCACCUUCAUAGAGUCUUCUUAGCCCACUGGUUCUUCUGCGAAAUGUCUGGUUCUAUUGAGCCUCAUGAAAGCUUCAAGAUGAUCAUUUCACAAGGACUCUGGAUUCUUGACCCUAAGGGCUGAGGAGACAAUCACUGAUCUGUGUUUGUUCUGUUCUUUGUCCUUUGGGUUGUCUGUAAGCAGUGUAUUAUGGUUUAAUGUUUUCUUUUUUCUGCUGAUGUGUAUGUCUCAUCUCCCCUUCCUGUAAUUUUCAUAUCCUGUGUCCUGAAGGGACACUUGCUAGUGUCUGGCUGAGAGGUUUACCCUGUCUGCCCUUCACUCUGUCUGCUGGUUGGGAAAAGCUUCAGAAAUGACCUUCUGCUUUAGGAUCCUUAAAGCCUGAAGCCUGCCUCAACCCUGUAACCCGUGCCAGGAUAUGCUGGGGUCCUCUCCUGUCACCAGUGCCCUUUUUGUACUUCCAGUCCACCUGCUGAGGUCUGUCAGGUGUAAUGUUUGCAUGACCUGGAGGUGCCUAGGGUCUCGGUGCUUCCCGAAUCUGAGUACACAUCAGAAUCACCUGGUGACCUUUACGUUUGUUUCUUAGAGUAUUAAAACAGAAGAAGUAAUAAAGAUAGUCCACAGUUCCAUGACCCAGACAAUCCUCCACUGACAUUAAAAAGUAAAAUUAAAGCAAUAGGUUAGAAAAUGCAAAUAGUACUGAAAGUGAAAGUGCCCCUGUCCCUGGGCUCCUUCUCCUACUCAAAGGCAGGGGAAUUUUGCCUCCAAUAUUUUUCUGCAUAUAUCAACAUAUUGCUAUCAUCUAUUGAUAUAAAUAUGUAUAUGUAUUUGUACAUGUGUAUGUAUACACAUUUAAAACAUACUAGGAAUUGUGUUUUAAACUGUAGCACUCUUUUGCCCCUUGAUUUGUUAAGUUUAAAAAUUUUUAGCGUAUCCUGGGAGAUUGUUUCACUCUUUUUUUUUAAAUUUUUUUGUUUUUAACGCUUAUUCAUUUUUGAGAGACAGAGAGAGACAGCAGGAAUGGGGAAGGGGCAGAGAGAGAGGGAGACACAGAAUCGGAAGCAGGCUCCAGGCUCUGAGCUGUCGGCAGAGUGUUUCACUCUUUUUUAUAGUUGUCUAGUAUUCCAUAGUACAUUCUGUUGGAUAUGCUAAAAUUGUGUAAUCACUGUCAUUGAUGGAUGUGUUGGUUGUUCCCAAUUCUCUGCUAUUAUAAAUACAAAUGCAGGGAACAUCCUUGUCCACAUAUCUUGAUAACAUUUCAUAAACAUAGAUGUUCCCAGUGGUGGGGGUCUCAAAGGGUAUGUGCAUUUUUUUGUGCUUGAAUUUUCAAGGUAGACAAUAAAAAAUGCUUAUACAGUUUGUACGUGGGGAAAUAUUUUUUAAAAUAUAGAUUUUCUGGGCCCCACCCCAGAUCUACUAAGUAUACAAUUUCCGGGGGUAGUAUUUGAGAAUCUCUAUUUAAUUUCAAGGUGAUUCUGAUGCAGCUGGCUCCCUGACCAGCACAGAAGAAGCCCUGCUUCAAGGAGGAGAAUUUGCCCAAGCACUGAGUUCUGGUGGUCAGUCAGCUGUAGUAAAAAGCUGCACACCAAAAGGUGAAGCUGCGAGUAGGGACCUCCGGGCAGUGGAGCAAACCUGUUGGCACAUUGUGCUGCUGCCCAGAAGGCCGAUUUGCAGGAGAAAAGUUUUUGAACUCUUGCCUCGUUUGGGGUCCCUGAUCAGAAACCAUAAGAAGUGGGCCCAGGACCUGUUUCUUUAGCUCCUGUUCACUCUGGUGGGUUAGCACUCAUUGGUAUUUGUCUGACUUAACCCCAGUUCUGCCCGGUUUUGUACUCAAAGAGUCCUUUUGUCUCAGUAAGCCCAAGCUUUUCCAAGUCGGGUUGACUUAGAAAUUCUGGUUCUGGAGAGCCCGCUGAACACUAUGCCUGGGAAACAAGAAGCAAACACCCAUUUGGCAUUUGCCCACAUGCCUGGAAGAGAGUUGGUGUAACACUCCAGAAUCCUCCAUUGAAGGAAAGGGGACUUUUUCGUUCCUUUUUUUUUUUUACCUCAGUAUUCUCUGGCCGCGAGCUGAUGUCCAUAUAGAUUUCUCCCUUCCCUGAUCUAGGAAGUCCUUUGUUCCUGGGCAGAAACCCAGUAUGCUUCUGGGAGAAGUUGCUGGAACUCUUGGGUUCCAGUUGAAAGUUUAUCAGACCAGGUUAUGGUCACCAUGUCAUUUGGCUCCACUCCCUCUUAGAAAGUCUGAUCUUUAGUUCUAGAAAAACUUAGACCACUGACAACUUUACAGAUAGAGCUACACUCAUUGCAAGAGUCCGUUCAGGUUAAGCUUUUCAUUCAAGCAGUCAUCUCAGUUAGUGUUGACCAAGGCCAGGUUGGUGAGUCUUGGUGCAGCAGGCUGCAUGUUUCCUCUGAUCAGAAUGAGGUGGUAAAUGUAGUUGGGGCUGGGGCUGGGGUGGUGCUGGUUGGGGUGGGAACAGUGGUUUGUUUUUACUUGCCUGUUGGAUCAGCGGGUUUUGAUUUUGUUGUUAGAAUAUAUGCUUUUCUGAGGUUUGUAUGUACUAACCAUCACCCUUCCCCACUCACAGAAUGUCACAUUAAAGCCCAGGCAAAUUCUACUCUUUCUGUUCAUCU